GCAGCGGACGCGCCGGCUUUGAGCAUCCCUGGCGCAGCAGGCGGGAGGUUUCGGGCCUGCGGCCACGGCGGCCGCGGCUUUGCCUGUCCUCGACAUGGCCAGCUCCGGAGAGGAAAGGCGUGCAGACCUACAAACCACUGGACCCUUGACUCAGGAAGCUUCUGUUCCAGGGAAAGACUUCACCCCAGCAGCUACCUUCCUGGACUGGCUGUUGGGAGACCAGGGCGAACAAGUGCCUGUCCCAGCUGGUGGGGUGCUGGGCUCAGAACAGCAGUCGGAGCACAGACACGUUCAGUGAUGGUGAUGCACCCCCUGCAUUGGCCACAAUGGCGAGUGGUGCCCACUUGCUGGGCUUCUCAGACGAGAUCCUCCUGCACAUCCUGAGCCACGUGCCCAGCACAGACCUGGUUCUCAGUGUGCGGCGCACCUGCCGGAAGCUUGCAGCACUCUGCCUGGACAAGAGCCUCACCCACACAGUACUGCUGCAGAAGGACUAUGAGGUGAACGAGGACAAGGUAAAGCAGCUUGUGAAGGACAUCGGCCGGGAGAUCCAGCAGCUCAACCUGGCCGGCUGCUAUUGGCUGCCGGGCUCCACCAUCGAGCACGUGGCCCGCUGCCGCAGCCUGGUGAAGGUGAACCUCUCGGGCUGCCACCUGACCUCCCUGCGCCUCUCCAAGAUGCUGUCAGCCCUGCAGCGCCUGCGCUCCCUGGCCAUCGACGUGAGCCCAGGCUUCGAUGCCGGCCAGCUGAGCGGUGAGUGCAAGGCCACGUUAAGCCGCGUGCGGGAGCUCAAGCAGACGCUGUACACGCCCUCCUAUGGCGUGGUGCCCUGCUGCACGAGCCUUGAGAAGCUGUUGCUCUACUUUGAGAUCCUGGACCGCACUCGUGAGGGUGCCAUCCUCUCAGGCCAGCUCAUGGUGGGCCAGAGCAAUGUGCCUCACUACCAGAACCUGCGGGUCUUCUAUGCCCGCCUGGCCCCUGGCUACAUCAACCAGGAGGUGGUGCGGCUCUACCUGGCUGUGCUCAGUGACCGCACGCCCGAGAACCUGCAUGCCUUCCUCAUCUCUGUGCCUGGCAGCUUUGCUGAGAGCGGGGCCACCAAGAACCUUCUGGACUCCAUGGCCCGCAAUGUUAAGCUGGACGCCUUGCAGCUGCCCAAGGCCUGGCUCAAUGGCUCAUCCCUCCUCCAGCAUAUGAAGUUCAACAAUCCCUUUUACUUCAGCUUCAGCCGCUGCACCCUGUCCGGCAGCCAUCUGAUCCAGCGGGUCAUCAAUGGCGGGAAGGACCUCCGGAGCCUGGCCAGCUUGAACCUUAGUGGCUGCAUCCACUGCCUGUCCCCGGAUGCCCUGCUCCGCAAGGCGGAGGACGAUAUUGACAGCAGCAUCCUGGAGGCGCUGGUGGCAUCCUGCUGUAACUUGCAGCACCUCAACCUCUCAGCCGCCCACCAUCACAGCUCCGAGGGCCCGGGUAGGCACCUGUGCCAGCUGCUGGCCCGGCUGCGCCACCUACGCUCCCUGUCCCUGCCCGUCUGCUCUGUUGCCGACUCUGCGCCACGGGCUGACCGUGCUCCCGCACAGCCUGCCAUGCACGCUGUACCCCGCGGCUUUGGCAAGAAGGUCCGUGUCGGCGUGCAGUUGUGUCCCAGCCCCUUCUCCGGGCAUGCGGGCCCUCAGCCCUCCUCCGUGUUCUGGUCUCUGCUGAAGAAUGUGCCCUUUCUGGAACGCCUUGAGCUGAUUGGGUCCAGCUUCUCCUCUGCCAUGCCGCGCAAUGAACCUGCCAUCCGCAACUCCCUUCCGCCCUGCAGCCGGGCACAGAGCGUUGGGGACUCAGAGGUGGCCGCUAUCGGCCAGCUGGCAUUCCUGAGACACCUGACAUUGGCCCAGCUGCCCAGUAUCCUCACGGGCUCCGGGCUGGUCAGCAUCGGCCUGCAGUGCCAGCAGCUCCAGUCUCUUUCUCUGGCCAACCUGGGCAUGAUGGGGAAGGUGGUUUACAUGUCUGCCCUCUCAGACAUGUUGAAGCAUUGCAAGCAGCUGAAGGACCUCAGGCUCGAGCAGCCCUACUUCAGCGCCAACACGCAGUUCUUCCAGGCGCUGAGCCAGUGCUCCGCGCUGCAGCGCCUGUGCCUGGUCUCCCGCAGCGGCACCCUGCAGCCGGAGGCUGUGCUGGCCUUUAUGGCGCGCUGCGUGCACGUCGUUGUGUGCCACAUGUUCACCGGGGAGUCGCUCGCCACGUGCAAGAGCCUGCAGCAGACCCUCCUGCGAAGUUUCCAGGCCGAGCGGCCCGCAUUGAACGUCGUCAUCUUCCCUCUGCUCCACGAGGGCCUGACUGAUGUUAUCCGGGACGUCCCCAUGGUGCACCUGGAUGAGAUUACCUUAUUUAAAAGCAGAGUGGCUGAGGAGCCACCAAACCUGUGGUGGUGACAGGGACAGCUAGCCCUGGCCUUCUGCCUGCCGCCCACUAUCUCUGUCAGUCUCUGUGGCAAGGAGGCAGGGCUGUCCUGGACAGGCAUGUGGCCUCGGGCCCCUGCUUCGGCCACCUCUACUCCUCGCUGCCCGUCUGAAGACCUCCGGAGCCUGCUGAGCACCAGGACCCCUUGGUGGGUCACGAGGAAGGAGGCCCCCUUCCUGGCCAUCUGGCUCCUCCACCUGGCCUCCCUGGGGCCUUCUGAGGCUUCCUCUCCUGAGGACUCGUUGCUCGGUGGCGUUUGGGUUCAGAUGGCAAGGAGCACGAGGUGAGAGAGCCCGCUGUCGGGUGUUCUGGGGCCUGGCCCCGGGUGUUUUUGAACUGCCAGGUUCCCAGAGUGCCGCAGGCCCAGUGCUGCUCCUCUUCUCAGGCCCUGGGAGUCCCUUUGCUCACCUGUUCCUGGUCGCCUGCCCCGAGCCCCGUGGAGGGGAGCCUGGGACCGGGGCUGGCUGUGUACAUGGGAGAUGUGCUAACCCUGAACAACAUCCACACUGAGCAUUAUGGGAGGCCGGUGGCCGCGUGCCAAGAACCCCCUUCCUCAGGCAGCCGCGAGUGUGAGGAGCCCGCGUCACAGAUUUGGGGCUUUCCUUGCCAGUGAGACACGUUUUAACCCGGUUACAUCUCUGAUAUGUUUCCAGCCAGAUGAUGUCAGAGAAGUUGUGGACGACUGGCCAGGCAGGGUUGCCCCUGGGGCUGGGAUUGCUAGUCGGGGCCCAGGAGUGGGGCCUGCUAUGGUAGUUGAUGGAAUCCAGCUUUAGGAAUUGUGAUGAUCUGUGUUUCUGGGGAAAUAUAGGUAUCCCUGGCUUCAUUACAAGAACUUGAAAUGUUAAAACACAGAAAGAAUGUUUUAAGGCCAGAGUAGUGGUCUAAGUACCAUUUCAGAUAGCUUUAUUUAGCACUUUAAAAAAGUUAAACACAGCUUUUCCAAAAAUGAGGACUGCCUCCCAGUGUCCAGGGCCUAGACCUUUGCUGAUCCCACUGCCUCUGUCUGCUCAGCUGUGACCCCCAGAGCCACCAUCCCCCCAUCCCCUUGGCUGGUCGGCUUGGGGGGCCAUGGGUGGGUUCCCUCCUCCUGGAGUCCUGACCCAGCUGCUCUCAGAAGUGCUCCGGGAGACUUCCCAGGAAUGUUGGGCAUUAUCAGGGCCACCUUGGUCUCCAAAAAGGCCUGACCCCAGCAUCCCCAUGGGGCUGUGCCUCUCACCCUGGCCUCCCUCCCUCUCUGGGCUGAGGGUGUGGAGCCCACCAGGCCCUGCUCUCACUCCUGGUGCCUAUCCUAGCUCUGUGGCCCCUUACCCACCUGUCUGCCUACUGUUCCCAUGGUGAUGGUCGCCUGAUCUGUAGCAUGUCCUGUCAAUUUACCUAUUAAAGCACCUGUGGCCCUGGGCAUACAUUUGCCUGCCCUUCCCUGGGUUCUCAAGGGGCAAACAGUUCAGCAGCCUCCUACCCCCAGGCCAAGGGGGUCCAGGAGGCCUCCUGCUGGCGGCUGUAGGAACCGAGCACUCCUGGGGUCAGGCCCUGAAGGAACCCAGUGUGGCAGAUCCAUGGUCCCAGAGGCUCUGGCUCUGCUGGUCUGCCCUGAUUGAGUGGCCAGGGUGUCUGCAGGCUAGAGUGGGGAGUGCCCUUCCCCUCUCCCCAGUUUUCUGGCUGACGGUGCGGUUGGCUCUGUUCUGGAGCAUAAGGGUCCCUCUCCCUGCCCUGGGCUGCACCUGGCGGCUCUUCGUGUCCUGGCCAGGCUGUCUGCAGGCUUCCUCCAGGUGAAUGGAGGUCACCUUCGAGGUCCCAACUCAGUCUGAGAGCCACAUCCUGGGUCCCAUCUCUUCCUGGCCUUGCAGGCUGAGGGGUGGGCUGCCUUGGGCCCCGGGGAGCCUUCAGUUGGUUUCUGGAGACCACCAGGCAAGGGUGCUGGGAAAGGGGUGUGGGGACUGUCCUCAAAACAAAGGUGUGACCUGUUGCAGCCUGACUGGCAGGGGGAUGUAGCCCAGGAGCCAGGCAGUUGGCCUGUCUGUCCCCAGGGUUCCCAUGAGCCAGGCCAUAUCUAUGCUGGGGGGCUAGGGUAGUUCUGGUUACCUGUCUCCAUCCUUUCAGAGCAACCUGCUCUUUGGCCAGGGAAUUAUCUUCUGCUGGGAAUUUACCCAGAGUCUGUGACUGUCCACACUCUCACUCAAUGGCCUGUUCUCAUGAGCAAGCAGUUUUCACCAGCAAAAUUAUUUAUGCCAGCAAGUAGGGCUGGGCGGUGCCAUUCACAAGAGGCUGGGGGUGUGAGCUGCCUUGGAAAGCAGCUUCCAAACAGUGGACCCUGCAUUUUUAGGGUCCCCUGCAACCAUCCUUCUACUUAGAGCAAGAAUUUCUGCUGCUUCCACACCCAAGACAGGAUUCACCAGAUGUUAAUAAUGUGCUUAUUCUUGCUAAGUGCUGUUUUGGCACUGGUGUUAAUUGCAAUUUAUAUUCUGCGUCGUUUUUUGCUGGGGAAAGAACCCACCCUAAUGGUCCCCAAUUGGCAGAACUGGGCUUUUAAGCGGUGAACCAUAUGCUGCUGCCGAGAGGGGCCUGGGCAGCACUGGGGCCUGCAUGUGUGUGUGCAUGGUGCCUGGUGCGUGUCUGGGUGUGUGCACACGAAUGUCUGCUGUGUACAUGUGCACAACUGGUGUGAUUGUCUUGUGUAUGUAUAUGCAUGUGUGUGCAUGUGCACGUGUAAGAGACACACCACCACACGGGUAAGAGGGAUGGGAAGGAGGAGGGAGAGAUCAGGGCAUUUAUCCCUGUGUUAAAGGAGAAGCCCCUGAGCCCCCAGCUGCCCUCCUGCCAUGCUCCACCCGAUCCUUUCGGUCCUGUGGCUCUACCUGCUCCUGGCCCCAGCUCUGCUACCACACUGCCGUGCAGCCUAGCCACAGGUCUGAAGUGCUCCCCAGGGGAGGAAGCUUGAGCCCAAGGAAAGCAGAGCCCUGUAGGCUCCCUGCUUUGCUACCUGGCUUUUCUCAUUUUCAUGAGCAAGUAUUUUUUUUUCCAGGCCCAAGGAGGCUGAAUUAGGGACACUGUCUUGUGAUGAGGGUUUUAUUCCUGUGUGUCCACUGCCCUUCAGGGGCCAGAGGGACACAGAUCUUAGCCCAUUUGCACUUGCUGGGAGGUUUCUUCCUGUCGUGAUCCCUGGGACUGACCCUACCCCCAUCCCCCAGCUCUGUAGGGCUGGUGGUUGAGGGCUGCACUCUCUUAACUGGCCCUGUGCCAGAGGCGCUGCAGGCCACUAGGUGCAGAUGGACGCGUGGUGGAGGCCUGGCUGGGAAAGCUGGGCCAGGGAGCAGGGCUGCAGGAGCUGAGGGGUCUGGGCCUCUGUUGGCUGAUGACAGUGUGAAACCAGUACAGGCAGCCUGUAACCCUUGGGCAGGCGGAGGUUCCCAAGACCCCUUCCUUCUGCCUGGCAAGAUGGCACCCUGCCCUGUGGACAUGCCCUGGCCUCUCAGCUGCCGUGGGGCUCAGGCAGCCCCUGCUUCUCUUGCCCUUGUUAAUGCGCUCCUUUUCAAUUUGAAAAUUGCUGAGACCUUGUAAGAAAAAUAGUGAGAAAUAAAUUAGUGGAUGAGGACACACCAUGGCUGUUGGCAGUGUGUUUCAGCCAUAAACCUGAGGUGAGGGAGAUGGAGACCUCCUGUGGGUAUGAUGGAGACAUGACGGGGUGCAGGUACACUGUGGUCGUGGCCUCAUCCCUGAGCGCCCCCAUCCCCCCAUCUGUCCUGUCCCUUUGCCAGAAAAGGGACCAGAUUGUACAAGAGGGCACCCCUUGUGAUGGUCAUUGGCCUCAUCUGUGUUCAGGGCACAGGCUUCUAAUUAGAAGUUUCCAAGACUGGGCUUAAUGAACAAAUACCCACAGAAGUUAAAAAAAUUGUCCCACACAGCCUGGCCAGUGUUGUCUAAAUGUUCCUUUGUAAAGCCCUUUCAAAACCUACCAAAGUGUGGGUUUAGCACUAAUGUCACAGGGUCAGGGCACCUGCUGCGUCCCCCUCCAGGCCAGCUGGUCCCGGGGAAUGUGGAUGAUCCAGGGCGGCUUGUCGGCCGCAUGUCAUGUUGUCACGGAGUUGAGGCCGGGCCCUGGGAGACUGGUCAGAGCAGAAGCUGCUGCUCUGUUCCCCCUGGGGGCCUGGCUUCCUGCUGACCCCAGUGGUGUGAGCUGAGGCCUCCCUGCUGUGCCUCUGGCUAGCCAGUGGUCAGGGGUGGGUGGGUGAGAGGUAGUCUCAGCAGGUGUGCAGUGGGCACUGACACUCACUGGGCUGUCGACCCCAGCGCGGGCUGCCCCUCCAACCACUGGCUGUCCACAUGCCGCUCUAGCUCCAAACAGCUGCACUCAGCAUGUUAUUAAGGGGUAGGGGUAUAUUCGCCUGGGGGGUCUCAUGGUAUAUGGUGACCAGGUGCUAAAUGCUCUCCCUUUCCAUGGCAGACCACCUCAUCUGUCUGGUGAUGCUCACUCCUGAAUUUUGUGUUCAAAUUACAUUUUGAAUGGGUAUUUUCAUGUAAAUUUGUGGCAUGUGAAAAAUUUCAAAUAAAGUGGAUGAUUUAGAAAACCA